AUGUACUUGGACGCCAUUCCCGGAGCCUACCUCGACACCAACAACACUGGCUUCAUUGUCAUCCCCCCCUCUUCCGUCGCGGACAUGCAUCCCCUUAACUUCACGAUCGACGGUUGUGUAUUCAGCAUAGAUACAGCUGCACAACUGAUCCCAUUGGACCAGAACGCCGUGUUUGGCGGCAAGAUUGGUGUACAGUACGGCGUCAUUACUUCCCUCGGCGCUGACAGUGGGAGGGGCUUAGAUUUCAUCAUCGGUCAGAAGUUAUGGUUGGAGAAGUAUUAUGUUGUCUUUGACGCUGAUGACAACCGCGUUGGCUUUGCGUACACUGAUCACACCUUCUCGACGUACUUGCCUUGA